CGCGGAGGGCCCUUUCCAAGGCGGAGGGCGGCUGUGGGAGUGGGGCUGGGCUGGGACCGGGGCUUGUCCCUGUCCUGCUGAGGCAGCAGCAGCAGCCGCCGCCGCCGCAGGAGGAGCGCCUUGCGGGUGUCGGGUGUCUGUCUGGGCGGCAGCAGCAGGUGGCUCCUUUGGGGCGGAGGAGGAGGAGGAGGAGGAGGAGAGCCCUGGCCCCAGCCCUGGCCCUCCGCUCGGCUCCUCCGCCAAGGCCAGCCUCACCUGGGCAGCCAGGAAGAAAGAGGGACCCCCGAGAGAGACCCCCACAGAGAAGCCCAGGGGCCCCAGCCUCAGCCCCAGGAGAAGGCUCCCCUCCAUUCCGAUUUGGUUUUGUAGCUGCAAAGACUCCAAAGAUGACACUCCUGGCUUCUGAGCGAUCAAUGCUGAUCCGAAGCAAGUUCCGCUCUGUACUCCAGCUGCGAAUGCAACACCGGCGGUCCCAGGAGCAGCUCUCUGAGCGCCACUUAAUUCCAGCGCUCAACAAGCCCCUUGCAACUUUUCCGCAGCCCAAUGGGACACAAGGCCAGAACAGAGCCAAUGACAUUGCAAAGCUGAAAGCUGAUUGCAAAGCGUCACCUCGGCCCCAUAAAACCAGCAUUACCAAGGUUCAGCCUGUAGAAGUGCCUCCAGGGGAGUCUUCUGAAUUGCAGGACAAAAAAGCUCGCCUGGCCGAAGACCUGAGCGAGAAGAUCCUACACCGGCCAGGACCACUUGAGCUGGUGAAGAAGAACAUCCUCCCUUUGGAUCCAGGCAUCAAGGAUGUUGUGAUCGAUACAACUCCAGCUGCUCCCAGUUCCUUCAUCUUUGAGGAAGACCUUAGUAGCUCAUCUUCAUCCUCUUCCCCAUGCUUUGCUUUGUCUCCAGGAAGCACUCAUGGGAACCCUUCUACCUCAGGGACAGCUUUUCCGCUGGAUAUACCCCCAAUGUUGGCAGAUCAACAACCCCUUGGGUCGUCAUCCACCUCUGAGGCUGAAUUCCCUCUCCAAGGGGGAAGCCCUCUUAACAAGCUUUCAACUUCACUCCUCAAGCCCCCUCCCAAGGUUCCCGAGGUCAAGAAACCUCCACGGCCUAAGAAAGCAAAGGAGCCACGGCCCAAAGUGAAGAAACUGAAGUACCACCAGUACAUGCCACCUGACCAGAAGGGGGAGCAGGCGCCUGUGCCCAUGGAUGCUGCCUAUGCCCGUCUCCUGCAACAGCAGCAGGUCUUCUUGCAGCUCCAGAUUUUGAACCAGCAGCAGCAGCCCACACCAACCUCACCAACCACUUUCUGCGUUCAAGCCCUGCACACUGUCCCAGUCAGCAGUGCUCCAGAGCAGGUCCUGAGCUUUCCUGGGACACUCGCUCCACCAAGUGGGCUUCCUCAGCUCCCUCUUUCCUCUCCUACUACACCAACCUCCCCUUCACCUCCCAAACCGGAACUGCUUCCUGCCAACUUGGAAGAACUAACAGUCUCCGAACUCCGUCAGCAGCUCCGUAAGCGGGGCCUCCCUGUUUCUGGCACCAAGCCAGCCCUGCUCAAACGUCUCAAGCCUUACCAGGUUGUCCGGGCCAAGCCUCCACCUGUCCCACUCUCUACCAACAACCGCUUGGCUCCCUCUGACCUGGAAGAGGAGGCCCAGGCCUUGCGGGAGAAGCAGCAGGUGGCCCAGAACCUGGCACUGAAGCUCCACCGGGAGCAGAAGCAUCAUGAUGAUGAUCUCCGUGUGGAGCUGGAGAUGCACAAGCGGAUCAAGAACCGCCGCAAAGGCACACUGCCAUCUCCCAACCAGCCGGAGGCUCCCCCACCGUACAUCCCCCAGCGAGAAUGCACCAAGGAGGGAGGAGGCAGGGAUGAUGGUUUCAUGGUUUUGUGCCCUCCAUCCUGUGAGCCCAUUAAUUCUGAUAUGGAGCUGCCCCUUGAAAUCACAGCCAGCCCCGCUGAUCCCACCCCAGCAGGAACCCGUUCCCUUGAGGAGGAGCUCCAAGAAGCCAUCCAGAAAGCUCAGCUGGUACCAAGUCAAUCAAUUGAAGACAUCUUGGAAGAACCAUUGAUGUGUACAGACAAUCUUCUUCAGACACAUGCCUUGACCCCAGAAGUCUCUGAUGAUCAGGUUACCCCAUCUCCACUUGCCCACCCAGAAGCAUCACCACCAAAGAAAGCCCGGCCCAGCAGUGAACUUCCUUUGGUAUCCUCUGCCAUUUUUGAUUUUCCUGGCCCCUACGAUUUCCUCUCAACAGCCUCCUCCUCAUCUGCAUCACUGGACUCACUGUCUUCCGUUUUCUCCCCUGACUCUCUGGAGAUGCCCCCAUCUCCUCCAGACACCUGGCAAAGGAAUGGGACCCGUGCUGGAUUUGACCCUGUUGAUUGGUUAGAGGCCUUAACCUCAGGCUCUGCAUCUGGUUUGGGUUCGACUAGCCCUGCUGGUGGCAGUAUCUUCUGCACAGACUUUUUUGAUUCGUCUGACCUUGGUGUCAACCACAUGAUAGAUCUAAUGGUGGAGCAGUGGUAAAUAGAGUGGUCCAUCUGGUCACCAAGAUCUGAAAGAAAGGGGGAAAAUCCUUCUUACAUUCUUCAAAGUCAUAGUAGCACUGGAUUCCAUCUUGAACAGGCAACAAUAACAGUGUUUGAGGGGUCAACACCAAGCUUCAUCAUAGAUGGUCCUGUUUCUGUUAAUACUACAUCCAACUGCUCCCUUGGAAUAAUUGAGUCACUGAUGUUUGAUUGUAUCAGUGCUGUGCCUCAUCUUGAAGGGCCAGGCAAUCCUAGAAACAAGUCUUGCUUGCAUCCAUCUGGAGGCAGAAGAAGCCAGUGUUUGGAAAAUCAGUGAGACACAUUAGAGGGAUAAAAUAGUGGUUUGGGAUUUUCUGAAAUAUGUUUUUCUGUUGAACUUCUGAUUCAUUCUGAAGCAAGUAAAUCAACAUUUGAAAUUGAACCAGUAUUGGAUGCAGUCUUGCCUGGAAUCAAAAAAUUGGUGUAUGAGUUCUUAACAACCUUGGAUGCCGUCUUGGCAGGAACCAAAUUGCAAACAUCUGGGUUCUUGAUAUUGAAGACCACCUUGCAUUAAUAGUUUGGCCUGUGGAUUUUGUCACUUCCACUUGCCACCUUAAUCAUUCAAUAUCUGCAUCACAACAAUUCUAGAAGUCAUUAACAGAAUGGGAAAUGCUGCUGUGCAAGAUAAUAGCCUCUUCGAGAAACCAUGAUGGCUUCAUAGAAGCAUGAGGAUAAUAGUUCUGUAUGCAUCUGGACUGUCCCACUGAUUUAGAUGCACUAUGGUUGAGGAUAGGAAACACAUAUUCCACCUUGCUGAGGACAUACCAUCUUGUUUCAUUUGGAAGGAAAGUGCCAAUUCUUAUAACAAUUUGGAUUCUGGAGUCUCAGUCCCUGGGGUGAUGCAGAAGCUAUAAUUUCCAAAACCCAGUCAAAGUGGAGUUCACCAGCAGUGGCAACCUCAUGUUUUCUUGAAAAGAAGAGAAAGAAGAUGACCGUCUGUGUUGGGCACUGUACAAUAUUUUUUAUAGCUGGUCCAAAAUGUGUUUUGGAAGAAGUACCACCUUCAGAAGAUCAUGCCAUUCUUUUAGGUUUAUUUUUAUUUGGUGUUACAAUGUGGAAGGAACGUAAGCAUACCAAGAGCUUUUAAACAAAAAAAUACUUUGGGCUGGGGGUAGGGUGGCAGGCCAGCUCCCUAAGGAAGCUGGAUGGAAAGAGGGGCACAUUCACAGAAAGAUGGUGAUAGUGGAUCCCGUUCCAGUAACCUAAGGUUGCUGGAAAAUCUCAACUAAUUAGGUUAGGGAAAUGAUACAGUUGUGGUUACUGUUAAUACUGUGUAGAUAUUUAAUAGCCCAUCUAACCAAAGACUUAAUCUGGUUUAAUUAUAGUCAUUCCAACUCCAUUAGAAUUCCUGAGAAAUGUAGUUCUCUCAAGAGUUUGGGAUGAGAGGUGGGGAAUUUGUGGCCCUCCACAAACUUUCAUCAACCCUAGCAAUUCAUCAACACUAGCAAAGCCAGGAAUAUAUGGGAUGAAGGUCCAACAACAUUUACAGGAUCAGAUUGGCUGGUAUCCUGUUAGGGACACACACACACACACACACACACACGAGGGAAACUUACUCUUCCAUGUGUCUUUUUUGGGGCACUGCAGAAGCCAGUACUCCUUUCCUCCCACUGUAGUGUCUGAAUUCAGUCCCACACCAUGGGCUGUCUCUGAAGCCCCCUAGAUGGUCAUUCCAUGCUUUGUGGCAAGCAGGCAGGAUCUCAGAAGCAUUGAGAUCUGGCAAAUCCUCCUGAGGUCUCAGCACUGUUGUAAUCAUUUUACAUCUGUCUACAGGUAUAGAGCCAGACACUUCUGCAAUACAGCCUGCUGCCCACAAUGUAAUGCUGUCACCUUAUGAAGACUAACAGUAUAAAAAUGAAGUACUUCAGUAGGUUGUUUGAACAUUUAUAGUAAACACCCCUCCACCGUGCACAGCCCCUGUAGUUGAAGGGUCAACAGACCACAUGAGGUCCUUGUUUAUGGUUUAUUCCUAUAACUUUCUGAUUUUGGUGAACCAGACAAAUGGUCAGGCGAAAUGGUGGCAUUUAACACAUAAAUUGCUUGUUUCAAAGCAGUCAUCUGCCUUAUUCAACUUUGUUUUGUUCAAGCAGGAGCCUGCCAUAGGAACACUCACAAAGUGGACCUCAUAAGAAAAGCAAAAAUGUAACCUGAGCUAGAGAUUGGAAAAGUUAGAUCAUGCCUUUCAGGAUCUCCCUGCAAGCAUACACAGUGGCCAUUGCUGGUUAGGGGACUGUGAGAUUUCUAGUCCAAAAAGGAACACUUCUUAGUUCUGCCAUGUUUUCAACACCCAUACAUUCAAAAUGGAACAUACCAUCAUUUUCAAUCUGUGUUGCCCACUCUCCAAAUAAACAUCAUUUCUCGCUCCCUCA